AUGACAUUCGCCAUCUGGCUGGUGCCCCCCACUGUGGUGGAGUGCGUCUCCCACAGCUUCGAGCGGCGCAAGACGAGGUCCGCGGUCGCGGGGUCGGCGCUGUAUCGCAACUUCAGCUUCCAGAUCGCCUCCCUGUACCUCCUGGCCGUGGGCGGUGUCAUCUGGUACUCCGUCCGGGACAUCCUCGCGAGCCCGCUGUGCGCGGGGCAGAUCCUGGGCGCGACCGUGCCGAAGGUUGCCGUGUACUUCAUGGUGUUCGUGAUCGCCAGGAUUGGCAUAACGCUCCCCAUGCUGCUGCUGCGGCUGUAUGGCCUCUGGCAGGGCGUCCGGCAGCUGACGGGGGCCUCGCCAGAACAGCAGGAGGAGGAGCCGUGCUGGUGGUCCUACGAGGGCACCAACAUCGCAAUCGUGCUCGUGCUCGCGAACAUGUACUCCGUCAUAGCGCCGUGGAUCAUGCCCCUUUGCGCCGUAUACUUCGCCGUGGCCUCCGCGGUGUAUCGUUGGCUUUUCAAGAAUGUGUAUGCUCCCGAGUUCGACGGGGCGGGGCAAUGCUGGAUAGGGUUGUUCAACACUGCCAUGGUGGGCCUUUUCGCAGGUUCGCUGACGCUGUGCGGCAUCGUCGCGCUGGACGGAGUGCUGACCGUGCAGUUCUUUGCGACGUGGCUGCUGCCAGUGCUGAUCGGUCUUUUCCAGGUCAGGUACAACGACGUGUACGGUCGGCUCGCGGAAGUGAUGCCUCUCGAGCUCGCCAUCGAGGUCGAUCGGAACGAGGGGCCGUUGGUUGUGGAGAAGUUCGACCCGAACCUGUACAAGGAUCCAAUGCUGCUCGCAUUCGACCCGGAGGAGACCUCGAUGAGCACCAGCAGCGGAUCCUCGUCCGACGACGACGAGUCUUGA